AUGGCCUCGACCGCGCGAGCUCUUCGCCAGGCCAGCGGCAUUCUGCUGCGCGACUGCGCUCCUGUCCCCCGACUCUCUGCACGACCGUUUUCUACUCGAGCGCCCUCACUCGCUGUUCGACAGCAUCUGGUCAACUCCAAAACUCCCUCAUGGCAGCAAGUCAAGAGAUUCACAAGGUCUACAAAACGACGAGCCCUAGUCCAAGAGGCACCCCGCCCAGAGGCUUACUUGGAAAGCGGUGCCAUCGAGUAUGGGAAGAAUCUGGUCGACGUCAAGAAGGUCAUAGUCAUUGGAAGUGGUGGUUUGAGCAUAGGACAGGCUGGAGAGUUUGACUAUUCUGGGUCCCAAGCGCUGAAAGCACUCAAAGAAGCUGGCGUUAAAUCCAUCCUCAUUAAUCCUAAUAUUGCGACCAUUCAAACCGAUCACAAGCUCGCCGACGAGGUCUACUACCUUCCAGUCACUCCUGAAUAUGUCACCUACGUUAUCGAGAGAGAGAAACCGGAUGGCAUUCUGCUCACGUUUGGUGGCCAGACAGGCCUCAAUUUGGGUGUCCAAAUGAACAAGAUGGGCAUAUUUGAUCGAUAUGGCGUCAAGGUGCUCGGAACCAGCAUCAAGACUCUCGAGACCAGCGAAGACCGGGACUUGUUUGCCAAAGCUCUUAACGAGAUUAAUAUCCCCAUUGCUCAGUCCAUCGCCGUUGGCACUGUCGAGGAAGCCCUUGACGCUGCCGAGAAGGUCGGAUACCCCAUCAUCGUUCGCUCAGCCUAUGCACUUGGUGGUCUGGGAUCAGGUUUUGCCAACAACCCCGAGGAGCUCAGCAAUUUGUCUUCCCGAUCGCUCUCUCUAUCACCUCAGAUCUUGGUCGAGAAGUCUUUGAAAGGCUGGAAGGAAGUCGAGUAUGAAGUGGUCCGCGAUGCUGAGGACAAUUGUAUUACUGUCUGCAACAUGGAAAACUUUGACCCCCUUGGCAUUCACACCGGAGACAGCAUCGUGGUCGCCCCGAGCCAGACCCUAAGUGAUGAAGAGUAUCACAUGCUACGGACAGCGGCCAUCAAGAUCGUCCGCCAUCUAGGAGUGGUUGGUGAAUGUAACGUUCAAUACGCACUCCAACCCGACGGUCUCGACUACCGUGUCAUUGAAGUCAACGCUCGUCUUUCCCGCUCAUCAGCGCUCGCAUCCAAAGCAACCGGCUAUCCUCUGGCUUAUACAGCUGCAAAGAUCGGCCUGGGUCACACCCUUCCGGAGCUGCCCAACGCCGUCACCAAGACAACCACCGCCAACUUCGAGCCGAGUUUGGACUAUAUCGUGGUCAAGAUUCCUCGUUGGGAUCUGUCAAAGUUCCAGCACGUGAAGCGUGACAUUGGAAGUGCCAUGAAAUCUGUAGGAGAAGUUAUGGCCAUCGGUCGCACAUUUGAAGAGUCGUUUCAGAAAGCGAUCCGGCAGGUCGAUCCCCGGUACGUGGGAUUCCAAGGCGACAAGUUUGACAAUCUGGACGACGUCCUUCGCAAUCCCACUGACCGAAGGUGGCUGGCCGUUGGGCAAGCCAUGAUCCACGAGAACUACUCGGUGGACAAGAUUCAUGACCUGACCAAGAUUGAUAAGUGGUUCCUCCACAAGCUGCAGAACCUCAAAGACACAAUGACAGAAAUCCAAGAGAUCGGCUCUCUGAACGGCAUCAAGCACGAGCUGAUGUUGAAGGCGAAGAAGCAAGGAUUUUCCGACAAGCAGAUCGCCAUGUACGUCAAGUCUACCGAAGGAGAAGUCCGAGUUCGUCGACAGAAAUUCGGCAUUCGACCUUGGGUGAAGAAGAUUGAUACGCUUGCAGCCGAGUUUCCUGCCGACACCAACUAUUUGUACACCACAUACAACGCCUCGUCUCACGACGUCACAUUUGAAGACAAAGGGACCAUCAUUCUUGGAUCUGGCGUUUACCGAAUUGGAUCGUCUGUUGAAUUCGAUUGGUGCGCCGUGAAUGCCACACUGUCUCUUCGCAGUAUGGGCCAGAAGACAGUGAUGAUCAACUACAAUCCGGAGACUUACAGCACCGAUUUUGACACCGCGGACAAGCUUUACUUCGAAGAGCUGUCGUACGAACGAGUCAUGGAUAUCUACGAGCUCGAGAGUGCUUCGGGCGUUGUCGUCAGCGUGGGUGGCCAGCUUCCGCAAAACAUAGCGUUGCGGCUACAGGAAGAAGGGAAAGCACACGUGCUCGGCACCAACCCAGUCGACAUUGACAGAGCCGAAGACCGUCAUAAGUUCUCGCAGAUUCUGGACUCGAUUGGUGUGGAUCAACCAGCAUGGAAAGAGUUGACCUCUGUGGCAGAUGCCGAGUCUUUCGCUGACUCGGUGGGUUAUCCUGUCCUCGUGCGCCCGUCGUAUGUUCUUUCCGGAGCCGCCAUGUCCGUCAUCUAUACGCACGAAGAGCUGAAAGAUAAACUGGAAUCGGCGUCGGCGGUUUCCCCCGACCAUCCGGUUGUGAUUACAAAGUUUAUCGAAGGCGCUCAGGAAAUUGACGUUGACGCUGUGGCAUCAAAAGGAGAGUUGAUUCUGCACGCUGUAUCUGAACACGUCGAAGCCGCAGGUGUCCACUCUGGAGAUGCCACUCUGGUUCUCCCACCAGCCAAUCUUGACGAGAAUGUGAUGGCUCGUGUCAAGGAGAUUGCGCAGAAAGUCGCCAAAGCUUGGAACAUCACUGGGCCUUUCAACAUGCAAAUCAUCAAGGCUGAUGCACCCGGUGAAGAACCUGCGCUCAAGGUCAUUGAGUGCAAUCUUCGUGCUUCGCGGUCGUUCCCUUUUGUCAGCAAAGUGCUCGGGACCAACUUUAUUGACGUUGCAACCAAAGCAUUGGUGGGUCAGAAUGUCCCCGAGCCUCGAGAUCUCAUGGCCGAAAAGCGCGAUUACCUGGCCACCAAAGUUCCGCAAUUUUCCUGGACUCGGUUGGCGGGAGCUGAUCCUUUCCUGGGCGUUGAGAUGAGCAGCACCGGUGAGAUUGCGUGCUUUGGGAAAGACUUGAUCGAGGCGUAUUGGGCAUCGCUCCAGUCAACCAUGAACUUCCGGAUGCCUGAACCUGGAGAGGGAAUCCUGCUUGGUGGAUCCACUGAGCUUCCGGAACUUCCCAAGAUUGUGGAAUAUCUUCAACCAUUGGGUUACAAGUUCUAUGCCGCGAGCCAGGACGUGAAGGAUCAUUUGGAGAAGUCUGGCGCAACGAUUGAGGUGAUUGAGUUCCCUACGACGGACAAGAACGCGCUUCGACAGGUGUUUCAGAAGUACGAUAUCAGGGGAGUCUUCAACCUGGCAAAGACUCGAGGUAAGACACUGGUGGACGAAGAUUAUGUGAUGAGAAGGAACGCUGUGGACUUUGGUGUCCCUCUGUUCAUGGAGCCCAAGACUGCAUUGCUGUUUGCUCAGUGCAUGAAUGCGAAACUUCCUCGACAGGAAGGAAUUCCUCCUGAGGUCAAGAGCUGGAGCGAAUUUGCUGGUUCGAAGAUGAUGUAA